AUGCCUCGCAAGUCUGUCUCAGAUGCCGUCACUCGCACGGUAAAGGCGAAGAAGCCUUUAAAUCAAAGGCUCUAUAAGACUCCUGAGGCAGCCGCCCAAGCUCGCGCUGCCUCGGCCGCUCACAUUGCCGAGAAAGAGCGCCGCCAUCUUUCAAAUAAGGCCCAGGGCGAUCUUUCCCUGCGCAAGCAGAUCUUUCUGUUCGUCCCUCUCCCCUACCUGCAUGUGUUGCCUGCCCACGGAUAA